GUUGAAGAUAACUUCGGCAAUUGAUCGUGUCGCAAUAAAUCACAGAAAGAUUUUACUGGAGAAUUUUUUAGUUAAUUUCGAUAAUUUUAUUUUUAUUUCCCGUUAACAUUUGUGAGAAAAAAACUCAGCAAAACCUGGUUCCUCGAAAAGUAUGUUAAAAAUUGCCAGAGAUAGAUUUCAAGGAUGCUUGGUGGGAUCAGUCAUAGGAGAUUGUCUAGGUGCUCCUUUUGAGAUGCAGAACUGGAAUGAAAAUGGAAUUCCUAGACAGAAAAUAUUAAGUGUAAUAAAUCCAAAGGAGUUAGCGGACAGAUCCAUUCAAUUAAAAUAUACAGAUGAUACAGCAAUGGCAAAAUCUGUUUGUUCAUCAUUACUUCAAUGUAAAGAGUUUGAUGCAGUUGAUAUGGCAAAGAGAUUCACAGAAGAAUAUUUUAAAGAACCUGACAGAGGAUAUGGAUCCAAUAUUGUUUUUAUUUUUGAACAAUGGAAAAACGCAAUGAAAACUGAAUUAAAUUUAAAAAAUGUGUUGUAUCCUUCAACUUCACAAUUCGAUGGGAAAGGUUCCUAUGGCAAUGGUGCAGCCAUGAGAGUUUCAUGUAUAGCUUUAUUUACACUAUCUUUGGAAGAUUGUAUUGAGCUGGCGAAGAAAGCCUCCAUUUUAACUCAUAGUAACAAGAAUGGGUAUAAUGGAGCUAUUUUACAAGCUCUUUCAGUUAGAAAAGCUAUUAGAGCUUCAUGUGAUAUCGAUCCAAUUGUAUUUGUUGAUGAGUUAAUUGAUGAAAUGAAACAUGUAGAAUCUUUUUCUGGUGAAGUUAAGAGAAAUACAGAAUCAUUGUAUGACUGGACACGUUCACAAAGUUUUUCCUUUACUCACCAGCUUGAAAUUAUUAAAAAACUUCUUAUUGUAAAUAAUACAGAAAGCAAAGAGAAUGACAUUAAACUUGUAAAUUCAGUCCUUGGUCGAGAUAUUUCAGCUCAACAAGCUGUUCCAGCUGCGCUCUUCUCUUUUCUUCGAAAUUUAAAAUUUGGGUUUGAAGAAACUUUAUAUUAUGCUAUUUCAUUAGGUGGCGAUACUGAUACCAUAGCUGCUAUGUGCGGUGCAAUAGCUGGCAGUUACUAUGGUUUAAAAUCUAUUCCACAGAGCUGGUUUGAUGUUUGUGAAUUUUCAAAAGAAAUGCAACAGUUUGCUGAUGAUUUUUUUGAAUUGCAUAAAUCUUAAGUAUAAUAGAAGUGCAUAAGCAUAAGUAUA